CUGUGCCGCCGCCGCUUGCGCCGUCUUUUUUGAGGGAGGGAGAGAGGGAGGCGAAGGGCUUGUAAUAGAAGAGAGAAUUUGUUUUUUCGGCGUGAUUAAGGUUUAGAGAGGGGUUGUUGAAUCUGGAAGAAAAAAGGCGGAGACUUUGUGUACGUUGCGGAGAAUAGGAUAGUUUGGAGUUGGAUCUUGAAAUAUAGCUACGGGUUUGUUGGCUGUUUGUGUUCUGCAUGGUCUGACGGGAAAUUGGAUUGAGGGGAGUCCGAGAUCGCCCGUUUGAUUCGGGGUUGAAAUGGCUACUCUGGCAAACAUUGCAGUAGGAUCACAGGUUUGGGUUGUGGAUCCUGAUGAUUGUUGGGUGGACGGUGAGGUUUUGGAAGUUAAUGGUAAUGAGGUGAAGGUCAGCUGCACCUCUGGAAAGACGGUGAAUGCUAAGGUAUCUAAUAUUUUCCCUAAAGAUGCUGAAGCAUCACCUUGCGGCGUCGAUGACAUGACCAAGCUAGCAUAUUUGCACGAGCCAGGUGUUUUACAGAAUCUACGGUCAAGAUAUGACAUGAACGAGAUCUAUACUUAUACAGGCAGCAUAUUGAUUGCUGUUAAUCCUUUUCGAAGACUUCCCCAUCUUUAUAAUACACAUAUGAUGGAACAAUAUAAAGGGGCAGCAUUGGGUGAGUUAAGCCCCCAUGUGUUUGCUGUUGCUGAUGCUGCAUACAGGCUUAUGAUAAAUGAGGGUGUAAGUCAAUCAAUUCUUGUCAGUGGAGAAAGUGGUGCAGGAAAAACAGAAAGUACCAAAAUGCUUAUGCGAUAUCUUGCUUACAUGGGAGGGAGAGCAGCAGCUGAAGGGAGAACUAUAGAGCAAAAAGUUCUUGAGUCAAAUCCAGUUCUUGAGGCAUUUGGGAAUGCAAAAACAGUCAGAAACAAUAACUCAAGUCGCUUUGGAAAAUUUGUUGAGAUUCAAUUUGAUCAGAGGGGUAAGAUUUCUGGAGCAGCUAUAAGGACUUACCUGCUCGAAAGAUCUCGUGUUUGUCAAGUAUCUGAUCCAGAGAGAAACUAUCACUGCUUUUACAUGCUUUGUGCUGCUCCACCGGAGGACAUUGAGAGAUAUAAAUUGACAAAUCCAAGAAGCUUUCAUUAUCUUAACCAGACUAACUGCUACGAGCUUGAAGGUUUGGAUGAGUCAAAAGAGUAUUUGCAAACUAGAAGGGCAAUGGAGGUUGUUGGAAUCAGUACCGAGGAACAGGAUGCCAUAUUUCGAGUAGUGGCUGCAAUUCUACAUUUAGGCAAUAUUGAAUUCUCUGAAGGAAAGGAAACAGAUUCAUCGACUCCAAAAGACAAAAAAUCAUGGUUCCACCUACAAACUGCUGCUGAUCUUUUGAUGUGUGAUGAGAUGGCCCUUGAGAAAUCGUUAUGCCAACGUAUCAUUGUAACACGUGAUGAGAACAUAACAAAAACCCUUAAUCCUGAAGCUGCAGUUCUAAGUAGAGAUGCUUUGGCAAAAGUUAUCUACUCACGCCUGUUUGAUUGGCUUGUAAAUAAAAUCAAUAGUUCCAUUGGACAAGAUCCUCAUUCAAAGUUUCUGAUUGGGGUGUUGGACAUCUAUGGAUUUGAAAGCUUCAAGACAAACAGCUUUGAGCAGUUUUGCAUCAAUUUGACAAAUGAAAAACUCCAGCAACAUUUCAAUCAGCAUGUUUUCAAAAUGGAGCAGGAAGAAUAUACAAAAGAGGAAAUCAACUGGAGUUAUAUCGAGUUUAUUGACAACCAGGAUAUUCUUGACCUCAUUGAAAAGAAACCAGGUGGGAUCAUUGCUCUUCUUGAUGAGGCUUGUGUGUUGCCAAGGUCAACUCAUGAAACAUUUGCCCAGAAGUUAUAUCAGACUUAUAAAAAUCAUAAGCGCAUCAGCAAACCGAAGCUCUCUCGUUCUGAUUUUACUAUACAUCAUUAUGCUGGGGAUGUCACUUAUCAAACAGAGUUAUUUCUUGAUAAGAACAAAGACUAUGUUAUUGCAGAGCAUCAAUCACUCUUGAGUGCUUCAAAAUGUUCUUUUGUUUCUGGUCUAUUCCCCACUCUUGCUGAAGAAGCAGCUAAAUCAUCAAAAUUCUCAUCUAUAGGUUCAAGGUUCAAACAACAAUUGCAAGCUCUGCUUGAAACUUUGAGUGCCACUGAGCCUCACUACAUACGCUGUGUUAAGCCUAAUAAUCUUCUUAAACCAGCAAUUUUUGAGAAUAACAAUGUGCUUCAGCAGCUCAGAUGCGGGGGUGUUAUGGAAGCUAUUAGGAUAAGCUGUGCUGGUUAUCCUACAAGGCGUACUUUUGAUGAAUUUAUUGAUCGUUUUGGCAUCCUUGCACCUGAGGUUUUGGAUGGAAGUUGUGAUGAGAUUACUGCUUCGAAGAGGCUGCUUGGGAAGAUUGGUCUUGAGGGUUAUCAGAUUGGGAAGACAAAAGUGUUUCUUCGAGCUGGUCAGCUUGCUGAAUUAGAUACUCGCAGGGUUGAAGUUUUAGGACGAUCUGCACGCAUAAUUCAAAGGAAAGCUAGAUCAUAUUUGGCCCGGAGAAGUUUCAUCGGACUUCGCAAAGCAGCUAUACAUCUACAAGCUUCAUGCAGAGGAUGUCUUGGAAGGGAGUUUUAUGAGAAUAUGCGUAGAAAUGCUGCUGCUUUGAAGAUUCAGAGAAAUAUUCGCAUGUAUAUUGCAAGAAAAGCUUACAAAAGAGUGUUUGCUGCCUCUGUUACCAUUCAAACUGGCAUACGUGGCAUGGCUGCUCGUAAAGAAAUUCAAUUUAGAAGGCAGACUAAAGCUGCUGUUGUAAUCCAGAGCCAUUGCCGACAAUUUUUAGCAAGGUUACAGUAUUCAAGAAUAAAGAAGGCUGCUAUCACUACCCAAUGCGCUUGGAGGGCCAGAAUGGCUAGACGGGAGCUUAAAAACCUGAAAAUGGCUGCAAGAGAAACAGGUGCACUACAAGCUGCCAAAAAUAAACUGGAGAAGCAAGUUGAAGAACUUACAUGGAGGCUGCAAUUAGAGAAACGGCUGCGGGUUGACAUGGAGGAAGCAAAAUCACUUGAAAAUGCGAAGUUGCAGUCGGCUUUACAGGAAAUGCAGCAGGAGUGUAAGGCAACCAAAGCUCUUUUAGUAAAAGAGAAGGAAAUGACUAAACAGACUGCUGAGGAAGCUGCUAACUUAAGAAUGGUGCCGGUUUUCGAUACUCCUCGAAUGGAUAAGCUUACUGCUGAAAAUGAAGAACUUAAGGCAUUGGUGAAUUCUCUUGAGAAAAAAAUAGAUGAAACCGAGCAGAAGUUUAAAGAAGCAAGUAGAGUGAGUGAGGAAAGACUCAAGAAAGCUCUUGAAGCAGAGUUAAAGAUGCAUCAGUUGAACAAUUCAAUGCAAAGUUUAAGAGAGAAGCUCUCUGACAUGGAAACCGAAAAUCAAGUCCUUCGGCAGCAGUCCUUACUAAACUCUUCUAUAAAACCCAUGUCUGAACAUUUAUCAAUUGCAUCAACUCCAUUGAAACAUAAUUUGGAAAAUGGUCAGUUAAAAUCUGAAGAGACCAAGGAACCACAGUCGGCACCCCCAGCUAUCAAGGAUCUUGCGAAUUCUAGUAGUAAAUUAAUGAUUCCAAAUGCUGAAAGACAACAUGAGAGUGUUGAUGCUCUUUUCAAUUGUGUUGUAAAAAAUAUUGGUUUCAGCAACGGGAAACCUGUUGCUGCAUUAACAAUUUAUAAAUGCUUUCUUCACUGGAAGUCUUUUGAAUCAGAAAAAACUAGUGUCUUUGACCGCCUCAUCCAGAUGAUUGGUUCUGCUAUUGAGAAUGAUGAAAGUUAUGACCACCUAGCAUACUGCUUGUCCAAUACAACUGCACUGUUAUUUUUGUUGCAAAAGAGUUUAAGAGCUGCUGGUAGUGCUCCACGCAGGAAAGCUCCCCCACCAACUUCACUAUUUGGGAGGAUGACACAAGGAUUCCGGUCUUCUCCAUCUUCUGCAAACCUUGCUUUGGACGGCCUGGAUUUGGUGGUGCGACAAGUUGAAGCAAAGUAUCCUGCUUUACUUUUCAAGCAGCAACUUACAGCUUAUGUGGAGAAGAUAUAUGGAAUUAUUCGGGAUAAUAUGAAAAAGGAUUUGACACACUUGCUUACGUUGUGUAUCCAGGCACCGAGAACUGCGAAGGCAAGCAUGCUCAGAGGAUCUAGCCGCUCUGGAUCAUUCGGUCACUCAGGUCAAAAUUCUCACUGGCAAAAUAUAAUUGAAAGUCUCAAUAACCUUCUUAAGACAUUGCAGCAGAACUAUCUUCCUGCUGUUCUAAUUCAGAAAGUCUUCACUCAGAUUUUCUCAUUCAUUAACAUGCAACUCUUCAACAGUCUCCUACUCCGUCGUGAAUGCUGUUCCUUCAGCAAUGGGGAGUAUGUAAAAGCUGGCUUAGCUGACCUGGAGUUGUGGUGUGCUCAAGCAAAACCAGAGUAUGCUGGUACGGCCUGGGAAGAACUGAAGCAUAUAAGACAAGCUGUUGGAUUCUUGGUUAUAUUUCAAAAAUACAGAAUUUCCUAUGAUGAUAUAGUCAAUGAUCUCUGCCCGGUAUUAAGCGUUCAGCAGCUUUAUAGAAUAUGCACGCAGUAUUGGGAUGACAAAUAUAACACCCAGAGUGUCUCUUCAAAUGUCCUAUCCAGCAUGAGGAUUCUGAUGACAGAGGAUUCGAAUACAGCAGUAAGCAACUCAUUCUUGCUGGAUGAUAAUUCCAGUAUACCCUUCUCCGUCGACGACAUAUCGAGUUGCUUGCAAGAAAAGGAGUUUGCAGACGUGAAAGCAGCAGAAGAGCUUCUUCAGAACCCAGCCUUCCAUUUUUUACAGGACUGAGAGCCCCCUGAAGAAUGCUCCCCAACUCCCUGAUCCUCCAGGCUCUCUGUGUAAAUCCGCCAACCCAUUCUUCAUCAUAUCUUACAUUUGUUCCCCAUUUUUAAUCUUAAAUUUUGUCUGUUAUAUUCUUAAUUUUUUUAUGCACCUUCGACGACAGCAAAAUGUAAAAUCAUUCUUUGUUGGUUGUAAAAUUCUUUUUAUGACCGCUGCUAGGCUUUUACACCCAAAAGCAUAUGGUAUAUAUAUAUAUAUGGUUUUGUUCAGUUGUAAGCAGAUGGAUACCAUUAUAUUUGUCCGAUUAAUAUAAUGAUAUGAUG